AUGACCGGCAAAAAGGAACUGGUUUCAGACAAUUUUAGCAAGUCCAAAAGUACGGCGAUUUCUCAAAGCCUGUUAAGCAAUGAGCGGUCGAAAACUAUUCCUUCUUCGGGGAAUUCGUCGAGAUGCACGGGUUUUGGAAUUCAGGAGAUCCUUGGACUGAAUAAAGACCCGCCUGCGUCGACGGGGGUGAUCGCCGACUCUCUGCCGACUACUGCUCAGCUCGUGUCGGCCAGGACCGUCCUGACGCCCGCAGGUAUGGGACUGGUCGGGACGGCCGGACUCCCGGCUUUUUACGGGCAAUCAACCUUCCUGGAUGUGUUGUCGGAGCACCCGGGGGUCCACGCAGCUCUCCCCAGUCACCUGCAGCCCCUGCAUCGAGGAGCGAUCCACCUGGACACCAGCCAGGAGCUCAGCUCAGAUUCUGAAGACAUUUCAUCGAGUGACCGGAAAAUUUCCAAAUCCAGCCUGAGCCAGACGAAGAAGCGUAAGAAAAGGCGCCACAGGACUAUUUUCACCUCCUACCAGCUGGAGGAGCUGGAAAAAGCGUUUAACGAAGCUCACUAUCCAGAUGUGUACGCACGGGAAAUGCUGGCCAUGAAAACAGAACUUCCGGAGGACAGGAUUCAGGUGUGGUUCCAGAAUCGCAGGGCCAAGUGGAGGAAACGUGAGAAAUGCUGGGGCCGCAGCAGUGUCAUGGCUGAAUACGGGCUGUAUGGAGCAAUGGUGCGGCAUUCCAUCCCGCUGCCGGAAUCCAUCCUGAAAUCCGCCAAGGACGGGAUCAUGGAAUCCUGCGCUCCCUGGCUUCUUGUUCAAGAUGGCUUACCAAUGACCAGGCGAUUUUCUAAAACCGAGUACCAACAAUUCUUUCUAGGAAUGCACAAAAAGUCCCUCGAGGCAUCUGAAGUGGUGAGGAAGGUGGAGGCCGAACACAGCAGUCAGCCCAGCCAGGAGGACGAGCAGCGUGAAGACAAGGGCAAGGAUUCCAAGGGGGCCAUUUCUAAGGAGGAACUGAGGGAGAGCAGCAUAGCUGCCCUUAGGGCGAAAGCGCAGGAGCACAGUGCUAAAGUGUUGGGGACGGUGUCCGGUGACGGACAAGGCAAGAUGGCCCAUGAGGAGAGGCCUGAAGAGAUGAAGAGCGAGCAGUCAAAAGCAACGCAGGACGAGAUGUCAACUGAACAGUUCUAA